AUGGUCAACGGGCAGCUGGCCGAGUCGGGCCAGUCGCUGGCUCUGACCCCCAGUCUACAACAGGGACUCACGGCCAUCACGACAAUGGCCUUUGUCUCCUUCUUCUCGUCGAGCGUCCUAUUCCUUUACCUCACAUACAAGCUGAUUUGGCACUACAUGAAAACGCCCCGUGCACGACCCGAGGGCCACAUUGUCGCCAGUGAGCAGAACGGCAAGUCGCUCCAGCGGAGGGUCGACUUUGCGCUGGGCAUCGACACCAUCUUCACCGACGGCCAGGAGGACGCGCAGCAGACACAGGAGCGCAGCUCGGGGGACAAGGAUCGCAAGAGCAGCACCACCACCACCACCAUCAAGCGACAGCCGCCCAACCAGUUCCUCAUCCUCAUCUUCAACCUCCUCCUGGCCGACAUGCACCAGGGCAUCGCCUUCUUCCUCAACGCCGAGUGGCUCCGGUACGACGAGGUCCGCGUCGGCACGCCCACCUGCUUCACCCAGGGCCUCUUUGUCUCGACGGGCGACCUGGCCUCGAGCUGCUUCAUCACCCUCAUCGCCGUGCACACCUACCUCUCCGUCGUCCGCCGCUACAAGAUGCCGCACCGGGUCCUCUACACCGUCAUCGCCGGCGCCUGGCUCUUUGUCUACACCAUCUCCGUCGUCCCCGUCCUCGCCACCGCCAACGGCGCCCACUACGGCGGCUUCUUUGUCCGCGCCGGCGCCUGGUGCUGGAUGAACAUUGCCUACUCCAACCUGCGCCUCCUCACCCACUACCUCUUCAUCUUCAUCGCCAUCGCCGUCACUUCGGGCCUCUACACCACCAUCUUCAUCCACAUCCGCCGCGAGGAGGCUCGGGCCCACGGCGCCGCCGUCUCCGACCGCACCCGCACCGUCGAGCGUCCCUCGUCCCAGCUCAACCUCGCCCACAACCCGGCCUUCCUCAUCUACCCCGUCAUCUACGUCCUCUGCACCGCCCCGCUCGCCCUCGGCCGCAUCGCCAGCAUGGCCGGCGCCGACGUGCCCCUCGGCUACAUGUGCUUUGCCGGCGCCAUGAUCGCCUCCAACGGCAUGUUUGACUGCAUGCUCUUUGGCACCACCCGCAACGUCAUUGUCUUUGCCAGCAAGCACGACGUCGACAGCGCCGACACGGGCCUCGCCACUUUUCGCUUCAUGCAGACCGCCCAGCAGCGCGCCUUUGGCAACAUGGUCUGGGUCCAGGGCGGGAACCCCCACGGCCCUGGCGGCGGCGCAGGAGGGCAUGCUGAGGACAAGACCACCGGCGGCUGGUGGUCGUGGCAGCGUCUGGGCGGCGGCUCUGACACCGAGAGGCCCGCCCGGGGCGACCGUCGACCGGGGGGCGCGCGGAGCGUCAGUCAGGAGUCCCUCCGGGGCACGGCUGCCAUCCAGAUGGACACGGUCACGUCCGUCGUCGUCGAGAUGGAACACGGCAAGGACCGGGAUCCGAGAUACCCAAACCCCUCGGGGAGUACGAGCCCUUCUGUCAACAGUACGGAGAAGGACUACGGGCGUAUAUAGAUAGAUAGACAGACAAAGAGUCAAAUGCGGUAAUGAUCAUGACUGAGAUUUAUUGAGAAACACAUGUAUAUACAGAGGAAAGCACAUGUAUAUACCGAGAGAAUGCAUAUAAUACCCACAAACUGCUUGGAACGCCAUGAACAGUCGGUCCCCCAGAAGAAUAACAAAGAGGUAUCUGCCGAAAACGCCUCACCAGCACUUCAUCACCGGAUCUAGACCAUUUAGAACGCCGACUCCCGCACGUCGUACACGCUCGUGUUGCCGUCGACCUCGCCCACCACCAGGAACCGCCCGUCGGCAGAGAAGGCGAGAUCCGUCACCUUGGACAGGUCACCGACCUGAUCGAGCGACUUGAGGUUGCCCUCGCCGCCCGCACUCCACACC